GCCAAGCCAGGGGCGUUUUCCGCGUUUUCGGCAGGAGACCCGCCUGGGCUUCCCACGGACGAGUUCCUUCCAGGAGAGGGCAGCCGCGCCAACGCGUAAACAAAACUCCGGAGCCAAUUCAGACGAGCAAGCCAGAAGCAGGAAGCGCCGCUCGGAAGCGGCAGCGACGAGAAAGCGCUUCGGCUCCCGAGUUCUCCGGCCGCAGGCUUGGCUAUGGCAAUGCAGGAUCAAUUCAUACCAUCAAAUGAGGAGGAGGAUAUUUUCAAAGACUAUGAUGUCAAUGAAGAUAUUGAAGAGAUUAAGAAUGCUCUUGAAGAAGGGAGAAUGGACAAAGCCAUUUCCAAGAUUAUGGAAAACCUUCAAGCCCUGGAGGACAUCUGUUUGGACAUAGCAGUAACGGGAGAAUCCGGCUCAGGGAAAUCCUCCUUCAUCAAUGCCAUCCGAGGGCUAGGAGAUGAGGAAACUGGUUCUGCUCCCACUGGAGUAGUGGAGACCACAGAGAAGCCCACACCUUACCCACACCCCAAGCACCCCAAUGUCACCCUGUGGGACCUACCUGGAAUUGGUACACCAACAUUCCGCGCCAGCACUUACUUGAAGCAGGUUCAAUUCUCCCGCUAUGACUUCUUCAUCCUCAUUGCCUCAGAACGCUUCAAGGCCAGCCACGUCCAGCUGGCACAGAAAAUCUCUCACCUGAGGAAACAAUUCUAUUUUGUGCGCUCCAAAGUGGAUUUAGAGCUGGAGGCCAGCAGAAAACGCCGACCACAAACUUACAAUGAGGAGGCGAUACUGAGACAGAUGCGAGAAAACUGCCAGAAGUGCUUAAGGGCUGAGAAUAUGCCCAAUUCCAGAGUGUUCCUUCUCUCCAACUGGGAGAUAAAGAAAUACGACUUUGGGAUGCUGGAGGAAACCUUGGAGAAGGAGUUGCCAAGCCAUAAGAGACAUGCUUUUCUCCUGGCUCUGCCAAACAUCUCUCUAGCCAUCCUGCAGAAAAAGAAGUUGGCUUUACAGAGAGAGAUCUGGAAGCUGUCUACUGUCUCCGCUGGAGCGGCUGCUAUCCCUAUUCCAGGCGUUGGGGUAACCUGUGAUGUAACCAUCCUGAUCAAAUAUCUCACAAAAUACCGCAACAGUUUUGGUCUGGAUGAGGAAUCUCUUGCCAGGUUGGCUAAGAAGGCCAACAAACCCGUGGAGGAGAUCAAAGAGGUAAUAAAGUCACCGCUAGCUAAAGAGAUCUCCAGAGAUUUAGUUCUGAAGCUGCUCACCAAAGCGGCUGGGGGGGCACUCAUGUUAGUGGAGUACUUCGUCAGCACAAUACCCAUCUUUGGUUCCAUGGCAGCUGGAGGGAUCUCAUUUGGCACCACCUACUACAUGCUCAAGAGCUGCCUGGAUGAGCUGUCCGACGAUGCCCAAAAGGUUUUCAUCAAGGCUUAUGAAUCUGAGGUCUGAAGGAAUUUAGACUGGGAAUGAUUGGGAGUGAUUAGGAACAGAUUGGAAAUGAGCGCGCAAUUAACAUUAGGUGUACAGAAUCAAAUAUUGUUGUUUUCACAAGCCCAUAACUAAAUUCACCAGCUGGAAGAGGGGGGAAAAACAUGAAGCACAAAAUGUGGCCUUUUGCAAUAUUUUUUUUAUGGUAGUUGAGCAGUGGGCCACUUUAUUUCCAUUUAUUGCAAAAUAUAGCGAGUAUGGCGGAUUCCAGGAUAUUAAUUAUGUCAUCACUGUAAAACUAUGAUUCCCAGUGUUCUUCGGGGAAAGACAAACAAGGAUGAAGUUGGUUUGUAUUUGUAAAGCACAAAUUGCCCUGUAUUUAGGAUUUCCUAUAUUUGACACAUUCAAUAACUGACCAAACCAUCAAAGCUGACACCAGACAGAGCACAGAAAAGCUCAAAAGUACUGCAAGAUCUGGCCCAUAGAAUCAUCAAGGUUUGGAUACGAUAACAUCAUCUUCAUUUUCAUCAAUCAAAGACCUCCUCUCAAUGAUCUGCUUUUUAAACUGUAAAAGGUAGACUUCCUUAUUGUGCUGGUUCAUUUUAGUUGAAGCGGAGUAAUUUAUCAAAUUGCAGAUUGGUACCAAUAAUGAAUGUUUGAGAUUUCCUGAAGAACUGGAUGGCCCCGGGUUGAAAUAAUAGUUUCAAGAGUGAAUAGUGAAUUUUAAUACUUCUCUCAGUUGUUCAACAAUAAAGCCACAAGCCGUCAAGGAACAAGCCUUCUGCUUGAGCAGGAAGCUGGAUUAGAAGACCUCCAACUCUUGUUAUUCUAGUGUUG